GUUGAUAACAGCCGCGAGGGUCGCGCCCUCUGCCGUUGAAUGCACAAUGUCGUGCGCCUGAAUCCUAUAAAUUCCCGCCUCAGCGAAAUCUGAAAGUAGUCUUGUGGUGGUCCUCUAUUACUUGUAACUACUGUGAUUCUUUAAGAGACAACAUGCCUGAACCAGUGGCUUUUAAUCGUGAAGAAGGAAAGCUAGCCCAGGCUGAGAGCUCUGUUCCGGUAGCACCUGCUGCUGUACCAAUCCAGCAGCCUGUAGCUGGGGAGGUACCAGAGCAGACAUACAAGACGGCUGAGCUGCUGAAACGCUGGCCAGCAGUAGUAACUGCUUUCCAGAAAAGCAGAGACGCUUAUUGCUCUGUAAAGCAAAAGGCCAGUGUCAUCACCUGGUCACUUAACUUGACCGAAAAAGUUGUCGGCUCGGUUCUCAAACUUGUAGAAACCAAAGUGAGUAGCUUGGUGCCGAUUAUUCAGAAUGUAGACAAAGCAGUCAGCGAAGGCGUGGUAGUAAUAGAGAAGGAAUUUCCUGCAGUGAGGGAGUCGCCGGAAAAGCUGUACAAUGCUAUCACGCAACAGAUAAUAAAAAUUAUUCGUCCCGCGCUGGAUAAAACUGAAGCUGUGAGCGAAAUAGGCAGGAAGAAACUUAACAGGGCUGGUAAAAUAAUAAUGAAGAAAUAUUACAACUUGAUCAGGAUCGUGGACAGCUGGAUGGACAAACUGGAGAAAAAACUGAAUGUGGCAGCACCUGGUGUAGAGACGGCUGUAGCCGAGACGUCUUCGGCGUUAUUGGCACCAGAUGAGACCACCAUGCCCACAGCCGGCCCGACCCUGAAUCCCCCGGCGGGUCGGGUGCGACAGACGCUGACACUCUGCAGCCGUGCCGCCACGGCGCUGGCGGUCUUCCAAGUGGGCGCAGCUUUCUCCCUGCUGUCUCGUGCGCCGUUCGUGGGCCGCUUCUUCAGAGAGGUGGAGGCGCCCGCAUCUUCGUCAUCUUCGUCCUCCAGCGGCGCGUCAUUCGCCAGGCUCCCUACGCCAACGCCUUCGGAGGAGCGGCCGCUGUCCAGGCAUCUAUCCAUGCAGUCGCUGCACCCGGAGCAAUUUAUUUCCCUGCCGCAAGAGUGACCACCACCAGACGUCUUUCCGUAACUCGAAUCUUCAAUUACUUAAGCUACUCUACAUAACUGUUUUAAGUUAAUUAUCGGUGAAAUAAAAAAAAAUUCGUACUUGUGUGCAUUACUCCUCACCUACAUUAUGCCAUGUUCUCAAAGUUUCGUAUAACAAGUGUUGAAAACUAAGGGUUUUGAUAAGGGCAAAAAAUACUAUUGCCUCUUCUGUAGAGGAGGCUUGC